AUGUGGAAAUUAGCUUCAAAAUCAAUCAAAGAAGGCUUUAAUAAAUCAAAAGGAGAAGAUGCUGUAACAAAGCCAACAACGAAAGAAGAAAGAUUGGAGUGUCCUAUUUGCUGGGAAUCAUUCAACGUUGUUGAGAAUGUGCCUUAUGUCUUAUGGUGUGGUCACACAAUCUGCAGAUAUUGUCUCUUAGGUCUUCAACGAGCUGUUGUGAUAAAGUCCUCAGCUUUACCUUUUCAGCUUCCUUUCUUCGUUGCUUGUCCUUGGUGCAAUGUACUCUCUUUAAGGAUGGUUUGUAAUGGAACCAUCAAGUUCCCUUCCAAGAACUAUUACCUUUUAUGGAUGGUUGAAAGCAUGAAUGGCUGCAGAUCCGAUUCGCGCAGUGACAACCAGAGGGUGGUCACUUCAGGGCAUAGAGAGAUGAGAAAGAGGUGUGAUGGAGCGAGUAGUACCGCCUCGGAUGAUGAACGGUUGCAGGAGAAUCGCGGUUGGUGGAAUGGUGUGACUAGAGGAUACUUCAGAACUGGGAGAAUCCAUGACUCGGCUCUUGUUGCUCAUUUGUUAGCUAAGUUUCCUUUGGUAGUCAUAUUCCUUUUGAUGGCUUUAUAUGCAAUCCCUGUGAGUGCUGCAGUUCUCGGGAUCUAUUUCUUUGUCACGUUUGCUCUGGCUGUCCCGUCGUUUCUCGUCCUUUAUUUCGCUUUCCCGAGUUUAAACUGGCUGAUCAGAGAGAUUGCAGCCUAA